CAUUCACAUGGUGGUCAUAAUGUUAUGGCUGACUGGUGUAUGUACCUGUGUUGGUCAGUUUGAACCUGAGACACCGUAUUGUGAGUGACGCAGCUACGGUUUCAAAUCUUGGCACAACAUUAAUCACCACACAUCACUUUAGAGUAGUCUUUGAAUGAAACCGGCUCCUCGUGAUCUCCAGUGGCCUGCUGCAAAUGUCGUGAGUGUUACAUAGAAUGAGUUAUUUUUAGGAUGAACUUUAAAUCAGAUUUCUUUCUUCCACGUGCAUGGAAAAAUGGCAAACAAGUCAUUUUUAGGCAAGAUGAAUUCGGAAGGAAUCAAACUAUGAGACACAAGCAUUUCGGAACCCACUCCAUUCUAGAACCACACUGUUAUGUCACAUGAGGGUUCCACUUGUCUCCUGGCUGCACAGAUUCUGACAAGACACAACAGAACUGGUGCUACUGUGAAACUUACUCAAGACAGUGAACAUUUUACAAAACCAUACAAAUCAAAUCCUGUGUGGACAUUUGGUCUGAAAAUGGUGAACAACCAUCACUCACUUCACAGCAAAAUGCAUUGUAGUGCAUCUCCACAGGGUCACGAUGACCACUCCCAAUUGGAAGCCACAAUGCCAGAUGAACACAGCUACUUCUACUACAACAUUGUGUUCUUUUUUGCUGAGGAGGUGCCGCUGCCAGAACGCGACUCGGUGGCUUGUGAAGUUUCGCCGCCGCCUCCGAGUCCUCCUCCAGUUGAGCGCUUACUCCGAUUGGGAGAUACUCCAGAGGACAAGCACCUGGAUUUGCAAUCGGCAAGGUUUUCUUCUCUGGACGAUGAAGUGGCCUUCUACAUGUCCAAACCGCUGCAUGUAACGGCUCGUGAAGUUCCGCUACCUCCGAGUCCUCUACGUCCUGAUGAUGAGGUAGAUGUGGAGCAACGUGAUGAGAAGGAUUUACAAAACAUAGGGUUUCCUUCUCUGGAUGACGAUGACUCUGAUCUAAUGAGGGUCAAGCUGCUGCGUUGUGUGGUUGCCCUACCUCCAAGCCCUUCAUCUUAAGAGGGUAUCCUUCCUCUGAGCCUGCUGGCCGACAUACCACUGCCUCCAAGUCCUCCGUCUCCUGAUGAUGAGAUAGAUAGGGAGCACCGCGAUGAGAGGAAAUACCCAGAUUUACAAAACAUAGGGUUUCUUUCUCUGGAUGACUCUGCUCCGGUGCUUCCACCUUGCAUAGUGGCACUGCCUCCAAGUCCUCGAUUUUUUGAGGGUAUCCUUCCUCUGAGCCUUCUGGCUGAUAUACCACUGCCUCCAAGUCCUCCGCCUCCUGACGACGAGAUACAUACGGAGCACCACGAUGAGAAGAAAUACCCAGAUUUACAAAACAUAGGGUUUCCUUCUCUGGAGGACAACAACUCUGAUCCCACGAGGGUCAAGCUGCCGCCUUGUGCGGUUCCACUUCCUCCGAGCCUUCCACCUGCCACCGCUCUGCCUCCCAUGAGAGAAAGGAAACAACAGAGAGGCCUGAAAAACGUCAGGUUAUCUUUGGAUCUGGAUCACGACCCCGCUGAUCCAGCCUGG